AUCGAGCUGGUAGCAUAAGCACUCUUGAUUCACUGGACUUUGCUCGCUACUCUGAUGAUGGCAACCGGGAAGUUGACGAGCGUGUGGCAGAAAAUGAAGUUCCUUUGCAGGAACGAAAGAAUUAUAAAUCGAGUCCUGAAAUUCAGGAACCUAUUAAACCUCUUGAAAAAAGAGCACUAAAUUUCCUUGUGAAUGAGUAUUUAUUGAAAAAUAACAACAAGCUUACUUCUAUAACCUUUUCUGAUGAAAAUGAUGACCAGGACUUUGAAUUGUGGGAUGAUGUAGGAUUAAAUAUUCCAAAACCUCCAGACCUUUUGCAACUUUAUCGUAACUUUGGAAGCCACCAGGCUGUAGUAAAAGACACUGCAGAUGUUGCAGUUGUUGUAAAAGAAGAUGAACUUGAGCCGCUACCUAGUGCUCAGAUAUCAAUAAUGGAACCCCAGCCUCUCCAGUCAUCAGCAGUAGUUCAAGAACUAGAGAAUAAAAUCAGUCAGUGCAAUGAAGAAAAAGUGGCUUUACUGGAACAAAUUGCGACUCUCCAGAGGGAACUUGAAGUUCUAAAGGCGAAGCCUGUGACAGACAUUUGUCCUGAAAAGCCAAGGCUGUCUGACAGGCUACAGAGUCAAAUAUCAGUGGAAAGUGAUCCUUACAUGGAGAUAAGAAUGUCAGACAGUGACCGCAAAUGUGACAGGACUGAGGAAAACCAAAUGGUGGAGCCAUCAGAAACAGACUUCCAGCUACCUGAGGAUAUUCCACCCAUUGCUGACCUGUCAAAUAUUACCAAAAGGGCACUUCUUACUACGCCACCCCCUUAAAGAUGGAAUUCAGUUUGACCAACCUAACAGAAAACUGUCCCCAGCUUUUCAUCAAGCACUACUAUCUUUUUGCCGAAUGUCAGCUGACAGCCGUUUGGGUUCUGAGGUGUCCCGCAUUGCUGACAGUGAGAAUGGAGUCAUGCUGAUGCUGGGUCGCUGUCUUCCUCAUAUUGUCCCAAAUGUGCUCCUUGCAAAAAGAGAGGAACUGAUACCGCUUAUACUGUGCACUGCCUGCCUCCAUCCAGAGCCUAAAGAAAGAGACCAACUCCUGCAUAUACUCUUUAAUUUAAUAAAGCGCCCAGAUGAUGAGCAAAGACAGAUGAUUUUAACUGGAUGUGUGGCCUUUGCCAGCAUGUUGGACCAACGCGAGUUGAAGCAGAGCUUUUACCACAGUGUUGGGAACAGAUCAAUCACAAAUAUCCAGAAAGAAGACUUCUUGUGGCAGAAUCAUGUGGAGAUCUAGCACCAUAUUUUCCUAAAGAAAUCAGGAGCUCUCUUGUGCUGUCCAUGUUACAACAAAUGCUGAUGGAAGACAAAGCAGAUAUGGUGAGAGAAGCUGUGAUUAAAAGCCUCGGCAUUAUUAUGGGGUACAUUGAUGAUCCUGACAAAUAUCAACAGGGUUUUGAGCUCUUGCUAACAGCCUUAGGUGACCCAUCAGAAAGGGUGGUGAGUGCCACCCACCAGGUGUUCUUACCGGCCUAUGCUGCUUGGACUAUGGAACUUGGCAAUCUCCAGUCUCAUCUUAUUCCCACUCUUCUCAGCAAGAUUGAAAAACUCCUCAGGGAAGGAGAACAUGGGCUGGACGAACACAAACUCCACAUGUACCUAUCUGCCUUGCAGUCUCUCAUCCCUUCCCUCUUUGCUACUGUAUUACAAAACGCACCAUUUACAAGUAAAGCCAAGCUUCAGGGAGAGAUACCCCAGAUAGAAGUGACUAGAUUUCCUCGGCCCAUCUCGCCUCUACAAGAUGUACCCACCAUCAUUGGCAGUCGUGAGCAGCUAGCUAUACUACUUCAGCUUUAUGAUUACCAACUGGAACACGAGGGUACCACGGGAUGGGAAACUUUACUUUGGGUUGUCAAUCAGCUAUUACCCCAACUUAUUGAGAUAGUUGGUCGCAUUAAUGUUGCCUCUACGGCUUGCGUUCAUGAGUUUUCAAGGUAUUUCUGGCGACUGUGCAGAACAUUCGGAAAAAUAUUUACAAAUACAAAGGUGAAGCCACAGUUCCAGGAAAUAUUGAGGCUGUCUGAGGAAAAUAUUGAUUCUGCAGCAGGAAAUGGUGUCCUGACAAAAGCCACUGUCCCAAUUUAUGCAACUGGAGUUCUAACGUGUUACAAUCAGGAAGAAGACCGCAAGCUGCUAGUUGGCUUCCUUGAAGAUGUGAUGACCAUGCUCUCAUUAUCUCAUGCACCACUGGAUAGUUUAAAAGCAUCCUUUGUAGAGCUAGGGACUAACCCUGCUUACCAUGAGCUGUUACUAACAGUGCUUUGGUAUGGUGUUGUUCAUACAUCAGCACUUGUCCGGUGUACUGCUGCAAGGAUGUUUGAGCUGAUUCUCCGAGGCAUGCGGGAAUCCUUAGUUGACAAGCGAGUUGCUCCGGCCCUUGUUACCUUGUCCAGUGACCCAGAAUUUUCUGUUCGAAUUGCCACAAUCCCAGCAUUUGGUACCAUCAUGGAGACUGUUACACAGAGAGAGUUAUUAGAGAGAGUGAAAAUGCAGCUGGCUUCAUUCCUAGAAGACCCUCAGUAUCAAGAUCAGCACUCCCUGCAGACAGAAAUUAUUAGGACGUUUGGUAGAGUUGGACCUAAUGCAGAGCCAAGGUUCAGAGAUGAAUUUGUCCUUCCUAAUUUGCACAAGUUAGCCUUGGUAAACAAUCAACAGUCGGUGGAUUCCAAGAGGCUUGACAUUGCUACAUACUUGUUUGAAGCUUACAGUGCUCUUUCCUGCUGUUUCAUAUCUGAGGAGUUAAUGGUGAAUCACUUCUUACCAGGACUCAGGUGUCUACGUGCUGAUAUGGAACAGCUGUCCCCCGAACAUGAGGUUAUUUUAAGCUCCAUGAUAAAAGAAUGUGAACAGAAGGUGGAAAACAAGACAGUCCAGGAGCCACAAGGUUCCAUGUCAAUUGCAGCAAGCCUUGUGAGUGAAGACACAAAGACAAAGUUUCUGAACAAAAUGGGCCAGCUGACAACAUCUGGUGCAAUGUUGGCGAAUGUUUUUCAGCGCAAGAAAUAA